UUGCUAAUUCUGUGAUGCGAACAUACGCGAGUAAGCGGCCGACUCCUGAUGCAUCACCGGUUCGGCGUUUUCUGUUCCUGCAGCGGCUGUCCGCCGCCCUCGACGUCGGGUUCCUACUCUCUCGCGGCUGUCCGCCACCUCCAACGCUGAGCUCCUGUCCUGCAGCGGCUGUCCGUCGCCUCCGACGCCGAGCUCCUGUCUUCCAACGGUUAUCCGCCGUCUACUUCUACGACGAUAGUUUUCUUGUUCCUGCUGCGAUUAUGCACCGCCUCCUACGACUACGUCUUCCUGAUCUGCCGCGGCUGUUUGCCACCUAUUUAUGUUCAGUGUUCGAAGUUCAAAUAAACAUCAAUAAGGUUUUUCGAAACAAAGCCGUUGCGAGUCACUGUGCGCUCAAAUCUCGUACCAUGCGCUCGUAUCUGCGUGCGAAAAAUGGUUCUCGAAUAGCGUAUCGCGAAUCGGUUACCACCGACGCCAGAGGGGCUGUAGAGCGGGUAUCCAGCGCGGUUUGCAUUGAAUUCGAGUGA